AUGAACCUCUCAGAAGCGGAUGAAAGUGGAAUACUUUGGGGAAGGAAGUUUAUGUCUGAUGUAAAAUUGAAGAAAGUUUGCAAGGGGCCGGGCGACCUGUGGGUCAACUUCUCCACCUGCUCCAGACUCCCCUGUGGACAACCUCUCCACCUGCUCCAGACUCCCUGUGGACAACCUCUCCACCUGCUCCAGACUCCCCUGUGGACACCCUCACCUGCUCCAGACUCCCCUGUGGACAACCUCUCCACCUGCUCCAGACUCCACCUGUGGACAACCUCUCCACCUGCUCCAGACUCCCCUGUGGUCAACCUCUCCACCUGCUCCAGACUCCCCCUGUGGACAACCUCUCCACCUGCUCCAGACUCCCCUGUGGACACCCUCACCUCCUGCUCCAGACUCCCCUGUGGACAACCUCUCCACCUGCUCCAGACUCCCCCUGUGGACAACCUCUCCACCUGCUCCAGACUCCCUGUGGACAACCUCACCACCUGCUCCAGACUCCCCUGUGGUCAACCUCUCCACCUGCUCCAGACUCCCCCUGUGGACAACCUCUCCACCUGCUCCAGACUCCCUGUGGUCAACCUCUCCACCUGCUCCAGACUCCCUGUGGUCAACCUCUCCACCUGCUCCAGACUCCCCUGUGGACAACCUCUCCACCUGCUCCAGACUCCUCUGUGGGACAACCUCUCCACCUGCUCCAGACUCCACCUGUGGACAACCUCUCCACCUGCUCCAGACUCCUCUGUGGGACAACCUCUCCACCUGCUCCAGACUCCCCCUGUGGACAACCUCUCCACCUGCUCCAGACUCCCUGUGGACAACCUCUCCACCUGCUCCAGACUCCCCCCUGUGGACAACCUCUCCACCUGCUCCAGACUCCACCUGUGGACAACCUCUCCACCUGCUCCAGACUCCACCUGUGGACAACCUCUCCACCUGCUCCAGACUCCCCUGUGGUCAACCUCUCCACCUGCUCCAGACUCCUCUGUGGGACAACCUCUCCACCUGCUCCAGACUCCACCUGUGGACAACCUCUCCACCUGCUCCAGACUCCUCUGUGGGACAACCUCUCCACCUGCUCCAGACUCCCCCUGUGGACAACCUCUCCACCUGCUCCAGACUCCCCCCUAUGGACAACCUCUCCACCUGCUCCAGACUCCACCUGUGGACAACCUCUCCACCUGCUCCAGACUCCACCUGUGGACAACCUCUCCACCUGCUCCAGACUCCACCUGUGGACAACCUCUCCACCUGCUCCAGACUCCUCUGUGGGACAACCUCUCCACCUGCUCCAGACUCCACCUGUGGACAACCUCUCCACCUGCUCCAGACUCCUCUGUGGGACAACCUCUCCACCUGCUCCAGACUCCCCCUGUGGACAACCUCUCCACCUGCUCCAGACUCCCUGUGGACAACCUCUCCACCUGCUCCAGACUCCCCCCUGUGGACAACCUCUCCACCUGCUCCAGACUCCACCUGUGGACAACCUCUCCACCUGCUCCAGACUCCACCUGUGGACAACCUCUCCACCUGCUCCAGACUCCCCUGUGGUCAACCUCUCCACCUGCUCCAGACUCCUCUGUGGGACAACCUCUCCACCUGCUCCAGACUCCACCUGUGGACAACCUCUCCACCUGCUCCAGACUCCUCUGUGGGACAACCUCUCCACCUGCUCCAGACUCCCCCUGUGGACAACCUCUCCACCUGCUCCAGACCCCCCCCUGUGGACAACCUCUCCACCUGCUCCAGACUCCACCUGUGGACAACCUCUCCACCUGCUCCAGACUCCACCUGUGGACAACCUCUCCACCUGCUCCAGACUCCACCUGUGGACAACCUCUCCACCUGCUCCAGACUCCCCCUGUGGACAACCUCUCCACCUGCUCCAGACUCCCUGUGGACAACCUCUCCACCUGCUCCAGACUCCCCCCUGUGGACAACCUCUCCACCUGCUCCAGACUCCACCUGUGGACAACCUCUCCACCUGCUCCAGACUCCACCUGUGGACAACCUCUCCACCUGCUCCAGACUCCCCUGUGGUCAACCUCUCCACCUGCUCCAGACUCCUCUGUGGGACAACCUCUCCACCUGCUCCAGACUCCACCUGUGGACAACCUCUCCACCUGCUCCAGACUCCUCUGUGGGACAACCUCUCCACCUGCUCCAGACUCCCCCUGUGGACAACCUCUCCACCUGCUCCAGACUCCCCCCUGUGGACAACCUCUCCACCUGCUCCAGACUCCACCUGUGGACAACCUCUCCACCUGCUCCAGACUCCACCUGUGGACAACCUCUCCACCUGCUCCAGACUCCACCUGUGGACAACCUCUCCACCUGCUCCAGACUCCCCCUGUGGAACAACCUCUCCACCUGCUCCACACUCCCCUGUGGAACAACCUCUCCACCCCCGACUGCUCCAAAUAUAGUGUAAAAGAAUAA